UGCGCCGCGCGGCCUGAGGGGACCUUUGAACUCGCCAGCACUCUCUUCUUCCUCUUCCGGGGACGGUGUGGACAGGCGUUCGCGAUGGUGCAGCGUCUGACCUACCGGCGUAGGCUGUCCUACAACACCGCCUCCAACAAAACCAGGCUGUCCCGCACCCCGGGCAACAGGAUUGUUUACCUUUACACCAAGAAGGUCGGGAAGGCUCCCAAGUCCGCGUGCGGUGUCUGCCCGGGCCGACUGCGCGGGGUCCGUGCAGUGAGGCCUAAAGUGCUCAAGAGGCUGUCCAAGACAAAGAAGCAUGUCAGCAGGGCCUACGGCGGCUCCAUGUGUGCCAAGUGCGUCCGGGACAGGAUCAAGCGUGCUUUCCUUAUUGAGGAACAGAAAAUUGUCGUCAAAGUGUUGAAGGCACAAGCACAAAGUCAGAAAGCUAAAUAAAUGGAGCAUUUUUGAGUAAUAAAAA